CCACCCUCAGCACCUGCUCAGAACAAGCCCCAUGAUAGGACAAUGCGGCCCCCCGAAAUGCCCACAGGGACCCCGAAAUGCCUGCAGUUCUUGGCUCUCUUGCUGGCCUGCUGCCCACCUGGCUCACGCCCAGUACGUACACUGGUCACACACCUGGGAGACGAGGAGGGAGGGUGCCUGCGGCAAGAUGGACGUGGGAAGCAAAGAGGUCUUGAUGGAGAGUCCACCGGACUACUCUGCGGCACCCCGGGCCCGGUUUGGCAUCCCCUGCUGUCCGGUGCACCUCAAACGCCUUCUCAUCGUGGUCGUGGUGGUGGUCCUUGUCGUUGUGGUGAUUGUAGGGGCCCUGCUUAUGGGUCUCCACAUGAGCCAGAAACAUACUGAGAUGGUCCUGGAGAUGAGCAUUGGGGCACCAGAAGCCCAGCAACGCCUGGCCCUGAGUGAGCAUGCGGGCACCACUGCCACCUUCUCCAUCAGCUCCACUGGUCUUGUAGUGUACGACUACCAGCGGCUCCUGAUCGCCUACAAGCCAGCCCCUGGAACCUGCUGCUACAUCAUGAAGAUGGCUCCAGAGAGUAUCCCCAGUCUGGAGGCUCUAACUAGAAAAUUCCAGAACUUCCAGGCCAAGCCUGCGGUGCCCACCUCUAAGCUGGGCCAGGAGGAGGGGCGCGAUGCCGGCCCAGCAUCCUCCGGAGGAGACCCGGCCUUCCUGGGCAUGGCAGUGAGCACCCUGUGUGGCGAGGUGCCUCUCUACUACAUCUAGGACUCCUCAGGUGAGCAGGGUCUGCGGGAGCCCCAAGGGACGGGAAACGUCCCCCAGCGAAGGGCCUUCUGCAGACGGGCAGGAAGCUGCUGCGGCCCACACCACAGGGAAGGACCCUGGAGAAAUGGGAACUUGGGGAGAGGGCGGGAGCGGGCAGAGGUGGCUCCUGCGGCUCCGGGGACUCGUGCCACAAAAGAUUAAAGCAGCCUGAUGAAAAA